GAUGUUCUAUGUUUACAAAUAUAUAUAGAUAUAUGAAACAUGUAUCUAUACUUGUAGAUCUAGGUCUAGAAUCCAGUAUUCUGAAAUUCUGUGAAAUCAACACUACGGAAUUUAGAUCUAGUUCUAUGGAACACAUGAAAACAUCAACUGAGGAAUUCAACUAUAUUGGCUUUAUAUAAAUUAGUUCUUCAUCAAGAUCUAUACAAAUUUUUCAGAAAUCCUUGAGGAUUAUUACUUGAACUUGUCUUCAGACAUAUAUUACAAUUACAAGGCUGCAGACAUUAUUUAUUUAUAAACUUAUCAAUAAAUCAUCAUGUCUGGUUUUCUUGAUAAUUGUAACUGGCCAAGAUGCGAGUGCAUUGAGCUGGGAGCUAAAAGAAAUUUGGUUGUCUCAGUACUUUCAGGUGUUAUGUUUUUUGCAGGCUGGUGGUUUGUUAUUGAUGCAGCAGCUAUGUAUCCAGACGGUGGGGAUUUCAAUCAUGCCUUCCAGACUCCUGGAGUUAUAUUAACUGUUGCCUUUUUUAUGAUCAACUCAGUAUCAAAUGGUCAAAUAAGGGGUGAUGCAUACACCACUGGUUGCAUUGGGCAAACAGGUGCACGUGUUUGGCUAUUUCUUGGAUUUUUACUUGCAUUUGGGUCUCUUAUUGCUGCCAGUUGGAUUCUGUUUGGAUUCUAUGUUGUAGGAAAUGUGAAACCAGAUUGGCCAGGGAUUGCAGUUUUCCUUCAAAAUGCACUCAUUUUCUUCAGUGCAUUUGUGUUCAAGUUUGGUAGGACAGAAGAUCUCUGGGGUUAAACUCUUCACAGAAAGAUAAUUUGUUUGUUCACACUGGAAUCUCAAGUCGAAACAACUUCUCUUAUCUGGUCAUCAAAGUUCUCUCAAGCUGUUUUAAGUCCCUACUUAACAAUGUAUGCUAGUUGCACUCUGUGUGUGGCAGAUAGGAUCAGUGUGUUUGACCUUUGCACUCAGUUAAUAUAUGGCAAGUGUAUUAGUUGCAUAUUUAUUUAUUAACAACUGAAAUGUUUAAAAUUCAAUACGAUCAAAUCACAUCUGUGUGUAUAUAUAUAUUUUGUAUAUAUGUCUGGCUCUCUCUUCUAUGCGUAUGCAUAGCAAGGUACUUUUCUUUCUAAGACUAACUAAUAGGAAACUAGAUUUUGUUAGCAUCAAGAAAUGUUGUUUUUUUUAUGCUAAUUGAUUAGAUUUAAAACAAUUCCCUACUGUUCCACUUGGUUUUAAUUUGCAAAAAAAAUUUUAAAAUGUAAAUUGGGCGUAUUUAACGCCCACAAGCUCUUCUUUGCUAUAAAAUAAAAAAAUAUAUGGUUAUCUUUUGGUCAAGAAAGAAGUAACUUAAAGCAUUUGAAAACUAUUUCAGCCUUACAACUGGCUAGACUGAUCCUAUUUAUCAAUCAAAUUUGUAUAUGAUGUUACUAUAUUUAGAUGUUUCUUUUUGUCUCACUGCAUAUAUGAUUUAUAAAUUGUUUACUUUGUUACCUGGCUAUUUACAUUUUCAAGUUUCAUUUGAUUACCUUUAGAUAUACUGUAUAUAAUGCAGCAAUUGUAAAAAAAACAGAAACAACUUCAAACUUUAAAUUUUUUCUGUUUUGAUGUUUGUGUGUGUAUUGGUGUUCCCAAGAGAGAAAUAUUCAGUUAUACUUGACGACGCUGGAACAAAAAUAUAUCUAUAAUUUUUUUGGGCUCACAUUUAAUGUUAACAGAUUAUUUUAAUUUGACUUAAAAACAGCUGAUAGUGUUUGUUUUAAGAAAUAAAAUUUAUUAAAAAUAAAUGUUGUGGAAAAAAUUUUGUUGUUUCUCUUUGUUUUCAUUGUUAAUAUUUCGCCUUGUUAUUUUACCUCUAAAGCUUGUCUUGCAAAGUGAGCAAGUCUAUUCUACAAGUUGAACAAAGAAUUGUGCACUGUACACAUCAUCAAAGUUGGUAAGGAAAAAAAAACAACUAAAUAGGACUAAAAUGAGAUUUAUUCAGUUCAAAACUUUUUUGUUAUGUCUUUGAUAUUGAAGACCAUUUAGGACUUCAGUCAUAAUAUUUUGUACACGAAUUUGCAGAAAUAUAUUUUUUGAAACACA